AUGUCGUUCAGAGAGUACUUGGAGUAUGUGCACAAAAAAGCUGCAGAAUCCUGUCGAGCGCUAUCCAGGAUUAUGCUUAACACACGGGGACCGAAACAGCAUAGAGCGCUCCUAUCUGGCCAUGGAUGCUUCAGGGGCUACCUGAAGCGAUUCGGCCACGAUAACACAGACGAGUGUUCUUGGUGCGGCAGAGGAAUCGUAGAGGACGCCAAUCACAUUAUAUUCAAGUGUGGACGUUUCUCAGCGAACAGGCAGGAACUGGAAGACAGCAUGGGUAGACCUAUCACGGUGGACAGCCUGGCUAUGACCAUGCUAGAGACCGCACAAAAAUGGGAAGCAGCCAGCAGCUUCGCAGCAGAAGUAAUGCUAGAACUCAGGAGAGUUGAGCGCCAGACGGAGAACGGAGGAAGUUUAGGUAGCAAGAACAUGCCUGUGAAGCAAUGCUUUGUGGCCGUUCCGCAGGCAAUCCGCGCUAUCUAA